AUGGGCCAGAGGAGGAGAGCUCCGUGGCUCGGCCUGCUCUUCCUCGCCGCCGGCGCGUUGCUCCUGCGGCUCGCGCUGGCGGAGGAGGAGCUGCAAGCGGCGACCUCCGCCGUGGCAACUCCAAACGGCGGCGUCGAGGAGUGCGAAGAUGAGGUGGUUCUCAAGAAGGGGGAGAAUGCGGUGCGCGGGGACGUGGACGAUGUUAAGCGCCAUACGAGCUUGCGGGGAUGGGGGGUAUGGAGCGGUGGAGGAGGUGGAGGUGAUGGCGGUAGCGACAAUGCGCAAAGCGGUGAUGGCGGUGGCGGCUGGGAGAGUAGUGGUGGUGGCGGUGGCAGAGGCGAUGUAAGUGGCGCCGGAGGAGGAGGAGGAGGAGGAGGAGGGGAUGAUGCUAAUGGCGUUCGUCAAUUCAUUGUACCUGGUCCGAGCAUCUGUAGCAGCCACCGUUGCAAGCAUGGUGGAGAUGGCACAGGCAAUGGCCAACGUAAGAUCACCACAACCGGUGGCAACCACGGCAGCAGCGGCGUCACAAAACCAAAAGGGGAGCCAUGA